UAAAAUUUCUUUACCUGAAAAUGGGGAAUCUGCAGAUCAAUAAGAACAAAUCAAAGCGAAAGUCUAAGAAUAAGAAGAAAUCUAAGAAAAGUAAAUUAAGAGAGAUUAAGACUGCAAGGCCAAGGGCCUCUUCAAAAAGGACAAAAAGAAAUAAAGAAGCCAAUGAAACCCUUUCGAAAAGGUCAGAUUAUUAUAACAUGCUUGGGAUUCAAAGUGCGAGGAGGAACACCUUGUCCAGGACAAAUAGCCUUCCAAGGAUCUCACUAAGAGCUGCAAUGGGCAAUAUGAAUGAAUCUCAGGACUCUUUGAACCUUGGUUCACCGAAACAGCACAAAUAUCACAACGAUAGUGUGGAGAACUCUGGUGUUUUUAUCCCAAAAAGGAGUCCGUCAUCAGACAGGUUAAUGAGGUUUAACUCACUUGCUAUACACAAAACUGAUGAGAAUUCAAAAGAAAAUAUUGGCAGACUAAAUACUGUUUCCACAACCUUUGAUAAAUUCGUAUGAGAUCAACAAGACGAGAAGAAUAACGAAGAUGAUGAGGUCUUUGACAGCUUCAUGAUUCCUGAAGUCGAAGAUUUUCAAAUGGACUAUCGUAACAAAAUUUUGCAAAACGUAAGCACUGAUCCAGAUUCUAUGAGGCAAAAAUAUUUGAAUAAGCUUGCACAGAAGAAGGUAUGGCUUGUACCAAGAGAAAAGCCAAAGGCUCACCAGACAAUCACCAUAUUUGAUUGGGAUGAUACAAUUUUAUGCACAAGUUAUUUAAACCCAAAUGGGUAUGCUACAAAUGAUCCAGUCCCGAUAAAUGUGAAGCCAACUCUGAAGAAGCUAGAAACAAUUGCGAUAGAACUGUUACUUAAAGCAGUCGAACAUGGGGACGUAUACAUCAUUACUAAUGCAGCACAUGGAUGGGUUGAAUUCAGCUCAGAAAAAUAUCUACCCAAAGUUUAUGAAAUUUUGGAUAAGGUAACUGUGGUAUCCGCUCGAACAAAAUAUGAGUGACUGCUUCCAGGCAAAACAUGUCAAUGGAAAAUGCAUGCUUUUCUUGAUACCACUAAGAAAAUGGAGAAACAUGCUGUAACUAAUAUCAUUGCUAUUGGAGAUUCCAACAUUGAGAUGGAAGCAAGCAAGGUCUUGGCUCGUAAAUUUCCAAGAGCUCUCUUAAAAACAGUCAAACUAAGAGAAGAGCCUUCCCCAGACGAACUUGUUAAACAGCUUGUCUUAGUGAGCAACAGGAUGCCAAACAUUUUAACGACUGUGAAGAACUUGACUAUCAGGUUAGAGAGAAAGGAAGAUUCUUAAAUCAGCACAUUCGACACUAGCUUAUUUAAAUUGAGGUUUUCUAAGAUUACAGC